UCUGCCUACGUUGUUCCAUCUGCUGCCUGCGGAUUCCAUCCAAAGGGUGAUACUUGUGAGGCACACAGGUGCCCGUUGCUUUCAAGUGGCGGUCAUGAAGGUGUGUGUAUGUGUAUUCACAGAGAUUUAAAUACCUACCUCCUGCACGAGAUUAAAGAUGUGAAGAGGAGACGGCACUGCCUACAUCACAGAUUGAUUGAAAGGCUGAGAAUAGAGAGAGAAUAACAGGGUGAACGGAUGAGUAUGCACACAAUUUAAGCAGAGAGGGAGAGAAUGAGGUAGUUGGAAAAUUGUCAGAUUCCUUUCAGAACGAGAGCGAGAGAGAAAGAGAGAGAGAGAGAUUUGUGUGACGUGUGUGACCGUGUUCUCUCAGUUCGAAGCAGAGAGACAGGUCUGCAUGCUGACACUCACUCUAGCGGGCUGAUGCACUCUGGAAGUGAGCGCAGGACCCUCUGGGAGACGUGUACAGCUCGAGGUGCCAGAGAUGAUUUGAAAACCUGGAGGUUUGCGCUACACAUGCUGAACUGCAUACCUGCAUAUUCCUCUGCGUCUUAGAGCACUCCACACACACGUGCAGACAUGCAAACCAUGGAUUCUCUGCCCAAUGAUACAGAUGGAUUGGAGAACUCCUUGAAGAACUCGAAGUGUGAGCAGACGGAGAAGAUGUGGAUAAGGUUUAAAGGAAUGCAGAAGUACAAAAGCACAUCUCAAAGAUUGAGAUGUCUCGUGAAGCAACUGGAUAAGGGGGAAGUGAACAUCGUCGAUCUAAGGAAAAACAUUGAAUAUGCAGCUUCGGUUCUGGAGGCAGUGUACAUCGAUGAAACUCGGCGACUGCUGGACACGGAAGAUGAACUCAGUGAUAUACAGGCAGACUCUGUGCCCAUGGAGGUGCGGGAUUGGCUGGCCUCAACCUUCACCAGGAAGAUGGGUGUGGUGUGCAGACGGCCCGAGGAGAAGCCGCGGUUCCGCAGCAUCGUUCACGCCGUUCAAGCCGGGAUCUUUGUGGAACGAAUGUACAGAAGAACGUCUAAUAUGGCAGGGUUGACCUACCCACCAUCUGUAAUUGCAGCAUUAAAGGAUGUUGAUAAAUGGUCAUUCGAUGUCUUCACGCUUCAAGAGGCGAGUAAUGAACACGCACUGAAGUUCCUGGUGUACGAACUGCUCACCAGAUACGACCUGAUCAGUCGCUUCAGGAUACCAGUAUCCUCCUUGGUGUGCUUUGUGGAAGCUCUGGAAAUGGGCUACAGCAAGCACAGAAACCCUUACCACAAUCUGAUCCACGCUGCCGAUGUCACACAGACCGCACACUAUCUGAUGCUACACACUGGGGUUAUGCACUGGCUCACUGAACUGGAAAUAUUGGCAAUGGUGUUUGCUGCUGCUAUCCAUGACUUUGAACACACAGGAACCACCAAUAACUUCCACAUACAGACCAGAUCAGAAGUUGCCAUCCUGUACAAUGAUCGCUCUGUUCUGGAAAACCACCAUGUGAGUGCAGCUUACAGACUCAUGCAGGAAGACGAGAUGAACAUCCUGGUGAAUCUCUCCAAAGACGACUGGAGGGAGCUGCGUACACUGGUGAUCGAAAUGGUCAUGAGCACAGAUAUGUCCUGUCAUUUCCAGCAGAUCAAGACUAUGAGAAAUGCACUGCAACAGCCAGAGGGAAUAGACAAGGCUAAAGCAUUGUCUCUGAUGCUGCACGCAGCUGAUAUCAGUCAUCCUGCUAAGGGCUGGAAGCUGCACUACCGCUGGACCCAAGCACUUAUGGAGGAGUUCUUCAGACAGGGUGACAAGGAGGCAGAAUUAGGACUGCCGUUCUCUCCACUGUGUGACCGGAAAGCCACUAUGAUUGCCCAGUCUCAGAUAGGGUUCAUUGAUUUUAUCGUGGAGCCCACGUUCUCUGUUCUGGUCGACAGCACAGAGAAAAUCAUUAGUCCUCUCAUAGAGGAAGCUGUAAAAUCUGAGGGGGUCCGCAGGUCAAGUUUAACAGGUCGGGGCUCGGCCGCAGUGGUGGAGUCAGUACAGAGACACAGCGGUCGUGGUUCGAAUGACGAGCAGGGAGGCACUACAGAUUACUCACUGGGCAGCAUCGACCUGAAACGAGUGCAACACCUGCUCUCUGAAAUCAUUCAGAACAACAAGGAGCGCUGGAAAGAGCUGUCUGUUCAAGAGUUGGCCAAUAAGGAACAUGAGAGAAUGUCAGAACAGGAAGUGGACCCCUUGAGGAAUGCAAAAGUCACACUGUCACACAGCAGUCCAGCCAGAGGGAGUCAGGAGUCUGAAUCAAAGUCGCUGAACGAACUGAACUAUACAGACUCGACUCACUCUUCCCAGGACUCUCUGGACCAGAGUUACCAGUCCCCCACAGAGGGACAUGGCAAUGGUUCAGCUGACGAGCACAGCUCAAAAACUCUGCCUUGGAACGGUAAAACUGCCUGACGUCACUACGUCAGUGUGGAAUUUGAAUGUUUUUAAUGCAGCUUUUGCUGUGUUUUUAAUCACAAACUCAAGGAUGAUGUACAUAGCAUUGUCCUCAUUGUAUUGUAAUGCUGUUAUACUCUUGGGCUUGGAGGGCUAAUUGUGCAAACGGAUGUACAAAAUGUCCACGGAGCGACUUGUGCAUCGUCAUAGAGACGGUAGUGUGCAGUGUUGUCAUGGCAACUGUGUUAUUGCAGGAGAUGGACCUUUACCAUCCCUUGGGAUGGAUUUAGAGAGUCCCUGAAAUGCAAAGCUACCUUUUUGCUUCCCGGGCUUUUUUUCUGUUGAUUUAAUUUGUUUAUUUUUUUAUUUUUUGUUAAUGGUUUUUUUGUAGACUGUGUCGUUAUUUAUUAAAGAUUACGCAGCUACACUUUGCACCACAAUUAGUUUUGGGUUUUCUACUUAAUACGGUCAUGUUUAUGGGCUCUUUAUGGAACAUUAGGUGGACUGGCAGCAAAUCAGGAAUAUUUUAUGGUGUUCCGGCACGUUUCUCUGUGUACUUAUGAAUGUUAUUCAGUCCAGUUUCCAGAACAAUUCAUAAAGAGCAUUUUUUUUAUUGUAGCAUGACUCAUACUAUGUGCAGCUGUAAAAUUUAAGUAUAACAUGCCAUCAGUGAGCCAAUUUUUACCUAAUGGUAAAGAUACGCACUGGCUGUUGUUGAGGUAUGUGUCCUGAAGGGGGCGACAUUUCAUUUAAACAAACAACAUGGCAACCCUUCAGUCUCCAAAUGAAGAGAAUUGUGUCCCUUUAAUUCCAUACAGUAUUAUAUCACAUAGCCAGUGUCUAAACAAAUGUUGCAUACAUUGACUAUGUUUUGAAUUGAAUACUAGCUCACUGAUUUACUGUUUGCGGCCUAUUUUUUUGAGAAUAGUAAGUGAAACAAUGUAUUACGCAAAGAUAACCAUUUCAAACAGUAACAUGACCUGUGACAACAUGACAGCGAGUGGUGUCCAUUUGUCUUGAAAACAAAUAAGUUAUUUAGCAUUUUAAAUCAAAUUUUGCAUAAAAAUAUCUUAACAUUUGGCAGUCCAAUGCUAAAAAUAUACAGUAUUGGGAUACAGUAUUCCAUGCAGUGUGCUCUUUUCUAUACUGCGUAUUUUUUGGCAAAUGUAUAUCAUCCAGGUAUUCCAAGCAAAACAUUUGCGUACUGUGCAUUAUAUACAUAAAUUAAUACUGUAUAUACUGCAGAAAUAGUAAGAGUAGGAUGGUAGUAUGCUUUUCGAACAUAGCCAUUGUCUGUUUUUACACUGUUCAUCUGAACAGUUUCAUGAGGUUUUAAACAUGCUACCAAAUCACUGUAUCAUGUUUUAUAAUGUUUAUGUAAAAAUAUUAAUACAUUUUUGCAUUAUAUAUAUAUGACAUAAACUGACAAAAACAAA